CGUCCGGUCCUGAGGCGGGAAGAUGGCGGCGGCUUCGGCGGGCCUGGAGUCGAGCCUGGAGUGGAGCCUGGGCGGGGGUGUGGAGGCCCCUCCGGCCCCCGCCCGCUCCCGCAUCUUCAAGAUCAUCGUCAUCGGCGACUCCAACGUGGGCAAGACGUGCCUGACCUACCGCUUCUGCGCCGGCCGCUUCCCCGACCGCACCGAGGCCACCAUCGGCGUCGACUUCCGCGAGCGGCCCGUGCUCAUCGACGGGGAGCCCCUCAAGAUCCAGUUGUGGGACACAGCAGGACAAGAACGGUUCAGAAAAAGCAUGGUCCAGCAUUACUACAGAAAUGUCCAUGCUGUUGUCUUCGUAUAUGAUAUGACAAACAUUGCCAGCUUUCAGAGCCUGCCAUCCUGGAUAGAGGAGUGCAAACAGCAUUUACUUGCCAGUGAUAUACCACGGAUUUUGGUUGGAAAUAAAUGUGAUUUGAGAAAUUCCCUUCAGGUGCCUACAGACUUAGCCCAAAAGUUUGCCGACACCCACAGUAUGCCGCUAUUUGAGACCUCUGCUAAGAACCCUAAUGACAAUGACCACGUGGAAGCUAUAUUCAUGACUCUGGCUCAUAAGCUUAAAAGCCACAAACCACUAAUGCUUAGCCAGCCUCCUGAUGAUGGAAUUCUUUUGAAGUCUGAAACAAAAUCUUCAAUGGCCUGCUGGUGUUAAGAUUGUGGUGCUUUGUUCCCACCUUAUGUUGAGAGAUGCUUAAAACAAACAAAAAAGGCCCAAGUUUUGGAAGCAAAUAUAGGAACUUCUUGACAUUAGGGUUUUUUUUCCUUUCAUCUUUCUUUGUAUUUUGUGAUAGUCUCAGUGAAGUUCUCAGUGUGGCUGCUCAAAGAAGUAGGCUUUAACCAAUUCUCAAAGUGGAGGAAAUGACUUAUCCUUUGCUCCCUGAGAUAGCACACUAUUUCAUAUCAGACCAUGUGCUUCAGACUUUGAUUGCAAGGAUGAAAUGAAGGGGAGUCUAGGAGACUAGCCUGACCUCUUACUGUAAUAUCUUAACAUUGGCUCACAAGCUACCUUUUGUGGCCACUUUUUGACACCUGCGCUACCAUUCCCAAGGUGCAAAAGGGCUAGGGAGAGAGCUAUCCUGGAAAGACUUGAGAGGAAAGGCAGGGAGGUAAAGAAAGGACCUGUAGAGCUGACCUCUCCAUCUGGCUCAAUGCCUAUUCUUCCUGCCCUGUGGUGAUGGCUUUCUCCCUCCUGUUGUGUGAUAGGGGCCUCGAGUGCAAGUAAACCUGCCACAAAUAAUGGACUAGAUGAAGGAUUUUUGAAUCAGUGGCUGUGGAUUCAGGUAUUCCCAAGAAAGCCGGUUAAAAGCUUCUGCUUUUCUGGACAAUUACAUUGACUAUUCUCCAAAGGACGACAAGGAAGUCAUCCAAUAUCUUGUGGCUAUCCCUAGAUGGAAUUACUAAAAAGAAAAGCCACACUCACAUGUUGGCUUAUUGUUGUUCCUAUAAUAGUUCCAUGAAUUUAUUAUGAAGUCACAAAAGUCCAAUAGCUAAAGCACGAAAUAGGGUUUGGACCCCUGGUUCCAACAGGCUAGUUGUCAAAGGUAACUUGUCACUUGACUUUAUGUGAGUGGGGAAAGAGAGUACAGUGUAAGUGAUUUUAAGCAUUCAAAAUGCUCAGUUUGACCUUUUUAGAGACCUAACAAUAAGUCCCUCAGCAUUUUAAGACUGAAAUGUUGCAAAAUUAUCUGGUUCCAGGCAACUGUGGGUGGUUAUUAUAGUAGCUUGGAACCAGAUGCAAUAUGCUGUCUGCCAAAAAAAAAAAAAAACACCCCAAUCCAAUGAUUACAGGCUUUAGAAGAAGGAAGGAAUUUCUGCUAUAUUUGUGAUUUUGCACUGUAAGUACAGUCAGUUAAAAAUUGGUGAGCAAUUCAGUCCCAGUAAGUUUUAUUCCUCGGUAAUGGAAGGAUUGUGUUUUGGCACUUAAUUUUUAAUUUGACAUUACUUGAUUGCACAUAAUUGUUGUAAAAAAGUAAAAGCAUGAAGGUGAUGAGCACGUGUAUUUUCUCUUCUAGAGCACGGUGACUGUUAAUGAACUUUGUGGAAAGAUUAAGUCAAGAUAGGAAUAAUAGUGAUCAUGUCCUGGAGACAUGGCUUUCUAUUUAAAAAAUAAUAAAAAUAAAAAACACCUAAGGGUGAACGCUAGUAGGGUCUUUUCUUUUUUAAUAAACAUUCAAAGUAACUGUGGAAAGCAGUCAGGAAAUAAUUUUAUUUUAAAUAUAAGGGGAAAAAGACUGCCUUGAUUCAACUUUAGGAUAAUCGGUUUCACCUAAUGGUAUGAUUAAGGUAGAUUUAUGAAAUGGGAAGAUUUGUUUAACUGUUAGCAAUAUUACUGUGAUUAAUUCAACUUGGAUAGCAUCUUUGAAAAGGGAAGUAUUGUAGUGUACUAGCUUUUUAGAGGAAAAAUAAGACUUGGUUUUCAAAUAUUCAUAUGGAAACUGGUGGUUCAACAGAAUUUUUGUAUGUUACAAAAAUUAAAGGAUUUUCACAUCCUGAAUUUUGAAAGAAUUGAUCUUGAAUAUAUAUUAAAAUAUUUACUUUGUCACAAGUUUGAACUUACGAACCUACAACAGUAUUAAGGUGAAGAUAGCUAACGUAUCAGAAUAAGUUCAGAUUGGAAAAUGGUUAUCAUAAAUAUUUUAAGCCAUGAGCCAUUAAAUGUUUGUAAAUAUGGAUCCAACAUGUCAGCCUUACGUAAGGUUCGCUAACUUGAUGUUUCUACUACCAGUAACGUGUUAGCAUAUGAAACUUAUGGCUACAUUAAGCCAAGAUCUAAUGUUUUUUAGUAAAGUUUUCACCUGGUCACACUCAUUCUGUACACAGUAUAAUUGUAUGUGGAGGUGAUAACGCUGUUCCAGAAAACUAAUAAACUAGCUUUAUCACAGAUAAA